UUGCUACAAAUGGCGCUAGGCUAAUGUCUUGGCUCUGAGUGAAAAAUAAAUUAAUUAAUCAUUAUAAUGUUUUAGACAUUUUCUUUCCCCAGAUAUGCCUCUACCUUUUCAUAGCGACCCAUCACCAGUGUUUCCUUACUGACAUUGUAGGUUUCAGGUUUUUUCUUAUUUCUUGAGUUCAUCAGGUCCUUCGGACCCAACCCCAGCAUCGCCAAUCGGCAUCGUUCUUGGAAAGACUGGGCCAAUCAGCGACUGGCUUUGAUAAAUAUUCAUGAUUCCCUGAUUCAAACCUUUGAGCGAGGUUGUGUAGAUCCACAGCAUAAUACCUAGACUUUUCACAGAGAGAAACUACAUUUUCUUAUGAAUGGAAAGUGAAAAAAUCAGUUGAGCUUAAAUUGGGAUCCAUCCUUCACUGAGAUCGUAGAGGAAAACAAAAAAGCAAGGGACGAGACACGCCAGAAGAGAUGACAAUGACUACAAUGCCAGAGAGUCUUAAUAGCCCCGUCUCAGGAAAGAACGUGUUCAUGGAAUUUGGGCCACCGAGUCAACAAAUGUCGCCUUCCUCGAUGUCUCACGGACACUAUUCCAUGCACUGUUUACAUUCUGCUGGACAUGGUCAGCACGAAAACUCGUACAGUCCGGCCUCAUCCUUCCACAGAUCUUUGGGUUAUCCAUACGUCAACUCAGUCGGCAGCCAUUCCUCGAGUCCGUAUAUCAGCGCCGUGCAGACAUACCCAAACAACACGGCAUUAACACAGACGCGGUUAGAAGACGCAGCCGCUGAAACAGAGAAAAACACUGUCGUGGAGGGCGGUGAGGUACGAUUCAAUGGCAAGGGGAAGAAGAUCCGCAAGCCCCGGACAAUAUAUUCCAGUUUACAGCUUCAAGCACUAAACAGAAGAUUUCAGCAAACGCAAUAUUUGGCACUUCCAGAGAGAGCGGAACUUGCUGCAUCUUUGGGGCUUACUCAAACACAGGUGAAGAUUUGGUUUCAGAACAAGAGAUCGAAGUUCAAGAAGCUGAUGAAGCAAGGCGGUGGUACAAUAGACACUAAUGCGCUAGCCAAUGGUCGCGGACUCUCCACCGGUUCACCAACCGUGGCUCCAGUUUGGAACUCGACAGCAACUGUGAAAACCUCUGUGGGAACGCCGGGCUCUUACAUCCCAAGUUACACCUCAUGGUACCCGACAGCGCAUCAAGAUUCUAUGCAGCAGCCACAGCUGAUGUGACCCUGAUGGACAGACCCUCGCCAUUUUCCCUCUAUGGAUGGCUCAGAGGGCCUAGGGGUCAGUCGCUGAGCUUUGUACCCUGGUCCAUUGCAGUUACGCACUGAUAGAAUCAGGAGCCAAGUCCCCAAAAUGCCGACAGAAGUUGUCGGCAUUCGCUUAAGAUCAUUCGAUGAUUUGCUGAGAUCAGCUGCCUGCAGAACUUUCCGGAAGGAGAGACACUAGAAAGCAUUGGCUCCUUCAUCAAAGGGCAAGAGGUCUUUCUCAGUCCGCUAGAUACACAGGAAAUUGCCGUGAAAGUGGGUCAUUCAAGCUGCUGCUGUUUUUGUGACAUUUCGAUUUGUGUAAAAGUAAUUAAAUCAAACUGUAAUAUAUCAGAAAUAUAUUUAUAGGUUUGAUUUAUAAUUAAUUUGAAUGAUUAGCGUAUUACUGUUUUGUGCAUAUUGCGCCGAGUGUCUAAUGGAGAGAUGAAGACUUUCAUAGGUUCAGGAGUUACCGUUAGCUGUCAUCUACAGUUCCUAUUCGUUUCUGAAUUUUAAGGCUAUCUGCUAACGGAACAGAAAAUGUUAUAUAGCCCAGGUGACAAAAUAAACCAACCUGAGUUCCUAAAUUAAGCAACAUUCUCGGAAAAGUAUAGGCUGUUCUUAAUUCCUCAGAUCUUAGGUCCAUGAAUAGCCACCAUUCGCCUUCAAUACCAGGUGGAAGACAAACGCUAAAAUGAUAUCUUAACUGUCACGUCUUCAGUCAGAUGAUCUCCAAAGAGAAGACUUGAACCACUUUGACAAGUCUCUAUCUAUUUGUUUGUUUUGUAUGUUUAUUUAAGCUAAUUUAUUUAAUUUCCUUCUGUCGGCCUGUAUGUUUAUUUAAGAUGAAUGUUUUAAAUUAUGAACUGACAGCACUUGCUUGUAAAGGCAAGCGGUAGUGCAAAAUGGACGUAUAGGGUGGCUGAUAUUACGGAAAACGUGGAGGCUAAAUACAAAAAUACCUUUUCUGAGAUAUUUUUUAAAAGAAGAGACGACCGCUAUGUACAGAGAAAAACAUGACCUGCUUUGGUUUGUGCUGUAAUUAAUGCUUUGUGGAUUUUUAAGAACAUGUUGAUUCAAAUUGUGUCUAGCAGUCUAUAGAAGAUAGUUUUAUAUGGAAUCAAUUAAUUUAUUGUUUUGUUUCACUGAAGUCAUGUAAAUAACGUGUAAACUUACAGUAAAACUGAUGUAAA